AUGAACCGAUUCAUACUUUUAGCUUCAAUUCAAUUACUAGUUCUAGCAAGCCUCUCUUCAGCGUUCGAUGAUAAGGUUGGUCUUUAUACUUUUUGAGAAGAAACAAUUCAUAAUUUGUUUUUUUUAGAUCGCUGUCAUCCCUGAUCCUGAUCAAGAUGAUGAAGUAGCUGUCAAGAUUCCAACUAGAAGAUCAGUUCCAGACCCAGAAAACAAAGAUGAUGAAGAUCAAGUCGCUGUGAAAAUUCCAAGUGUUAGAGAAAAGCGAGGAAUCGCAAUUCAUCCAUGGCAAUGGAAUACACAUAUUUGGCCAAACGGCGAUGUUCCAUAUGAUAUUGCACUACACUACACACAAGAAGAAAGAAAUACAAUUUUGUCUGCAAUGGCUGCUUUUACACCAGUAACUUGUAUUCGAUUCCGCCCAAGAAAUCCAAGUGACAAAUAUUAUUUGCAAAUCAACAAAUAUUACAAACUCGAAAGAUGUUUCUCUUAUAUUGGAAGACAAACUUCAAAAUGGCUUUUCGGAACAUCAGAAGGAAAUGUCGAAACUCGCAUGAAACUCGAUCCAUCGUGUUUGAAAUACAAUGGAAGAGGAACUGUUAUCCACGAGUUGAUGCAUAUUCUUGGAUUUUAUCACGAACAUCAAAGAGAUGAUCGUGAUCCAAGAGUUGGUGGAAGUGCUUCUCAUUACAACUACAAAAUCUAUCCACGUGUCAAAAGUUAUUACAUGGGAGGAUAUGAUGCUGAUUCAAUUAUGCAUUACAAUUUCCGAAGUGUUCCGUGGAAAUCGCGCAGUUAUUUCUCUUCAAAUGAUAUUGCUCAUAUUAAUACUCUUUACAAAUGUAGUAAUCGAUCAUUUUCACGACCAACAACAUCAACCCAACCAACAACAACUACAACACGUGAAAGCUAUGAUAAGAAGGCUAUCGAGAGCAAUAAUUUGUUCAGAAAAAGACGACUUGUUAAUUAA